CCUGCAGGUAUGCGUGCGUUUACCGGAGACGGGUUUGUAAUUACCUGACUUGUAGAAGAACAACGUUCGAGAGAGAGAGAGAGAGAGAGAGAGAGAGAGCGCGGGAUCGAUGGAGGCGGGUCACAGCGGAGCAGCAUCUCUCUUUCAGCUCUGUUCGUCUCGGAGACGCAGUGACGGACAUCCCGGAGUUGAGCGCACUGGACUCAUAAACAUAAUGUAGUCAGUCUUGAAUAAGUAGAUUUCAAGUUUGAAAACCUUUUCAUUCCUUCCACUCAACGAAAUGGGCAUUGCAUAAAUAUUGGUCUCACACUAUAAGCACUUAUGCCUUAAAGAAUGAGAAUCUUAGGGAGUAAGACUGUUGAAAUGAUGCUAUGCGGCGAUGGAGAAUGGAGGACCCACAAGAGUGCAUGACAAGCGGGUCAGUGCUGGUUUGAAGAAAUUAUAAAUAGAGGAAAAACGCAUAUCACCACUUGAAGCCAUGGGGAUACGACACCUCCUGCUUCUUUUGGUCUAUCUAGACCCACUGUGUGUCUUGAGCGCAUCCACGGCCAAGCGGAGCAAACCCUCUCCAAAGAGACCCCCCAAAGUAAAGGAGGUCAACAGCACUGUUGCUCCAACAGUUGCACCCCGACGGAUCACACAAGUCCAGGCGCCCAUUAUCGGUGAUCAUGAUACCUGUCUCGGCUACUACGAUGUGAGCGGUCAGUUCGAUAAAGAGUUCUCCUGCAACAACACCGACCACCGGUACUGCUGCGGGAGCUGCUUCCUGCGCUUCUGCUGUCCCGUGAAAGCCAAACGAGUGGAUCAGAGAGUCUGUACCAACUACAACACCCCCGACUGGAUCAAAACCCAACCACCCUCACCCGCACCCACAGGGGACACGUACGACCCAGCGCUGGACCAGACCAACACCACCGUCUACAUCACCUGUGGGGUCAUCACCCUCAUUAUCAUCCUGGGGAUUUCUGCCAAAGUGGCCUAUGAUAAAGCCACCAGACCACCUCAAGAAAUGAAUGUCCAGAGAGCACUGGCAGACAUUUUGAGACAGCAGGGGCCCGUUCCCGUGUCACAGUACGAGCAUGAAAACAUCGCGGCUAUAGACACCUCACCCAAAGAGAACACACCUGUGCGAACGUCCAAGAACCACUACACACCGGUGCACAACAAAAACAACCACGGGCAUUAUGGGAAAGAAAACUUCCGCAGUGGGCAAGACAUGCACAACUUCAUCUCCUCCGGCUUUGUGACGCUCGGCAGGAGCCAUCUGAAAGCGCAGCACUCUGUAGAUGAUCUCGGGCAGCUGUCCUGGCAGGGCGACCUGGACGUUCCUCUGUCCUACAAUAACCAUCCACACGACUACACCAGCCAUCUGGAUCUCUCCGGGUCACACACACCCAAAAUCGGACACCGAAUAGAGUAUUACGAGAAGCCGAGAAUGAACAACAUCCUGACAUCCCAGACAGAGCCGUACGACCUGUCGUUCUCCAGGUCCUUCCAGAACCUCACGCACCUCCCACCGUCCUACGAGAUGGCCAUGAAAGCAGACUUGGGUGACAAGGAUGACGAGUAUUACAUCCGCAAGCACCAUUUGCCUGAUCCGACGCAUCGCGGAGGCAACCUGCAGACGCACAUGAUCAAGUUGAACGUCGAUCCACCGGCGCAGCGCCAGAAGCCAAAACGCGUGCAGCGUGCCAUGUCCCAAGACCACGUGCUCUCACCCGCCCACUCCAAACCACAUCGGGACUAUGGCCUGUCAUCAUAUAGCGGCGGUGCCGGCGGUCUGUCCCCGUACCACGGGCGUAUCCUCUCGGAGGAGCAGCUGCUGUCGGCCGAGCGACUGCACUCCCAGGACCCGCUGCUCUCGCCAGAUAAGAUGCUCUCCCUGCGGCGCUCCAAUUUCCGUGAGAAGGCCAUGUCACGGGCGCUAUCGCACACGGACAUGUUCGUGCCGACCACACCGGUCAUGGACCGGCACUACAAAAUGAUGAAGAUGCAUUCGCACCCCAGCAGCAGCAAUGAGUCCUACAACACACUGACUGUUGAAAGCGCGCAGGUGGGCAACAAAAGGCAGGCGUUCGCUAACCGCCGCAUGCACACAGUGGACCACCUGCAGUAUAUCCCUGGACAUCACCAUCAUCAGUACAGAACCGCCAGUAAGACUGAAGUAACUGUCUGAGAGGGCGAGAGGCGGGAGAGCGAAUGAUGUCAACAAACAAUCCAGCUGGAGGAAUCCGCGGCGGCCCACUUCAACAGGUUUCUUUUUUUAAGCGUCCCACCUUGACCCGUUCCCGCUUCCAGCGCAAGCUUUCCACUCCAUCAGUUCCGGGUCGGCUUGGGAAGGAUCUAGACUUUCGUCUCGCACGUAGAGCAAACGCAAGGGCUUCGCGCAUGGACGCCAUACUAGAAACCUGAAACUAUUUUUCCAGAACUGCUGUGAAACCUGCACUGACUUUAUACAUGCAGUAAAUCAGAACCUAUAUAGAUUUAUGAUUUCUAACUUGAGUCCUAAACAAUAGUGAUAGCGGUUGAAUAUAAACUGUUGUAAGCACUUUAGAGAGUGCCUCUUUUCAAAACACGUCCCGUUUCGAUAACGAAGUGGGGAAAGGGUUUAAAAGCACAAUAAAUGAAAAACUUUGUUUUACUUUCAUUUGUCACAUUCCCAGCUAACAGGGAUCGUUUUUAGAACUUUAGCGAACAUUCUGGGAAAGUUAUGAACAAACGUUCUAUCAGAAACGUUAAUAGAACAUUUGUUUAAAGUUAUCUGGUGUUUACAAAAUGUUCUCAAAACAUUAGCACUAAAAACAUUAUUUAUACACUGUUUAUGGAAGAUAUGUUCCUGAAACAUUUUGGCUAGAUUAUCUGUUUUAUUAUUUUUUUAUUAUAAUUUUUUUUAUGUCAUUCUCAUAAUGUUGGCAAAAAAAAAAAAAUUAUGUUUCCCCAGUUUUCUUCAAAUUAAGCUCUAUUAACCUAAUUGUGUUGUUCUUCUUCCAGUAACCUUUAUAGAAUGUUCAUUAAAGUAAUCUGGAUUUUUGUCUGAUCUUUGUAUAAUGUUUUUUAAAUGUUACUUUUGAAUAGCAAAUUGAAAGAAAAUUUAAUGUUCCCUUAAUGUUUUUCAAGUUAAGUCUUUAACUCAUUCCCCGCCAUUGACGAGUUAUCUCGUCAUUCAGAUGACAACGCUACCCCGCCAAAGACGAAUUUUUACGGCUUUUUGUGUUUUCACUGUUAUACACUCGGGGGCGCUAUUACACAUCUUCUGAACGAGUACAAAACCUCCCGAACAAAAACACACGAGAAACAAACAAUCUCUUAUGUAAAGAGAUGCACAGUUUUUGAUAAAAAUGCAAAUUUCUCUCCUUUUUGCGCAGAAUUAUGAAUUUUUAUGAAACCUACCUAUAUUCAAGUGUUGAUAAAAAAGAAUGCUUUAAGCUAGAAUAAAAACAGAUUUUUUUUUUUUUAAAUAGAGGCUCUGAUCUUUAUUUUGUUGUAUUGCAUAUUUAAAUAUUCAUACAGCAAAAUAUACUGGAGGCCAUCAAAUGUUUGUCAAAAUUAUAAAAAUCACUGGAGGUGCCUGGGUAAUUUUUAAAAAAUGCUAGCGGGGAAAGAGUUAAUGUUCUCAAAAUGUAUUAUAAAAGUGUAAUUUUUUCCGCCUAAACCCAUCUAAAGGUUUUUUUUUUUUUUAAUGGAACUUUAGAAUGUCCGCAAAUAUUCAGAAGUAACAUUCCCAUAAUGUCUCUGCAAAAUAAUAAAUUGUGAUGUUUUAGUUGGAUGUUCAUCUAACAUCUGUUAAAUGUUACUAUUUAUUCAAAAUUAAUGUUCCCAUAAUGUUUGCAAAAUUAUAAAAUGGAAUGUUCCUGAAACGUUUGCAUAACCAAGAAACAAAGAUUUAAAAAAUAGGUAAAUAUUCUCGACAUUUAGAGAAUGUUCAGAAAUAAAAUUUGUAGGGAUGCACGAUAAUAUCGGCACAAUAUCGGUAUCGGCCGAUAAAAGCUUAAAAUGACCAUUAUCGGUAUCGGCCGAUAUGAAUAUUUCUGCCGAUGAGCCAAACCGAUAUUCUCCAAGUGAAAUAAUUGACCUGUUUUUCAGAUGUGAAUGUCUGUCUACAUUUGUAAAAUAAUAAAUUUAUGGUAGAAUCAGUACAGAAGAGAUACAUGGAUUUCUCUUCAGUAAAAUUAAAGUUUAAAUAUAUCAGUAUAUAUUUGUAUAUAUAUCGAUAUCGGUAUCGGCAUCGGCCAAAAUUAUUUUGAAAAUAUCGGCAUAUCGAAUAUCGGCCAAAAUCCAAUAUCGUGCAUCCCUAAAAAUUUGUAAAACUUAAUAGCAAUGUUAGCAAAACAUUCCUAGAACGUAUCUUUGUUAGCUGGGUUAUCUCUGUUUGGUUUCGGAGUUUCUUCUACGAUACGCCGGUCACUGAGUUUUUAGUGCACCUGUGACAGUGUUUCAUUCUGCGUAGGUGAUUUGUAAAUACGCUCGGUUAGCUGCAGUUAAACAGUGAGUUAGCUUUGUGGGUUUUGGGUUGCUUUUUGCAUUUUCAUUGGUUCCGUUCAGACAUUUUCUAGCAUAAUCAACCCACCCAAAGUAUAUCUGACGACACAAAUGUGUACAGUAAUGUGUGUGUGUGUGUUUUCUAAUCUGUACUUGUAGACUAAUGGUGAAUAAAUUUGGUUGAUUCAGCCAUUCA